AUGUCUUUGAAGGCCUUCUGCAGUGAAGCGCGGUUUGAACGCACUAUGGCUGAAGCUCCUACGUGCCCGGAGGGGGACGGGCUUUGUCCUGUUUUUGGCGACCUGCUGGCAACAUUGCUAAAGUGCAUGGGCGCCAGAAAGAGCACAGAAAAUGCCGUGGCCCAGCUAGAGUCCGUGGCUGGUGGGCGUGUGACAUAUUGCACGCCCGCUGGGCGAGGGGCAGCAGCAGAUGUUGGAAGGAAGCCGCAGGAGCGGGUAACUAUGGAGCGAAUCUACGAAUGGCUGGAAGAGAAGGUGGAAAGCUUCGACCUCACAAGCCUGGACACAAUGGGCCGCAGUGGCGAUGCCAGUCGGCGGCGGUGGCUGUCGUGGGCAGAGUUGGCCGCUGAAAAGCCUUGGCUCCUGGAUCCUCUGCUAGUGAACCGGGAGGCAGCCCAGGCGGGUGUUGCCUGUCUCGCUGGCCGCGGUCUGCGAGCCUCUGCCCAAUCACUCUGCAAGCUGUUCGCUGCCGAUUACGUGCCACCAGAGAUGUUGCGCUACAGCCUGCAGCCCGGGAAAACUUUGCGCUUCCGCAAUUUGCAGGAGUGGUGGGAGUCCAUGGGAGUUGCCGAGCGAGCCGUCGGUGGUUGGCAGCUCUUUCCCUUCAAGUCCAAGGAUGGCUCUGAGUUACAGGGCUACGGCUUUGCAGAUGGACAGACAGGCUCCAUCGUAAUCCGUCUGCACCAUGCGACCAUUGUGGUGCUGCUCAGCUCUGUGUCAACAGAGACUCGCCACGCUGGCCGCUCUCUCCUCGACACCAUACUGGGGGAGCUGGGGCUGGAGGCUGCUUGGCCGGCACAGCCGCCACCCUUGCCCAAACGUGGAACCGGGACGACGACUGGAGCAGUGGCGGCAUCUUCAGAGCCCAGGAUGUCUGCGGACAGGAGAAGUUCUGACGAUUUGCAGCAGCAGCUCAAGAAGGUUGAGGCUCAGGUGGCGAAGUUGUCCGAGGUUUUGGACUUGGUGCUGCCCGGAGCCAGUGCGGCGAUAUGCCGGGAUGACCCGGGCAGCAACGCAACCUUGGCCGGCUUCUGGCUGAGUGAAGAGACCGAAGGCCUGGAUUCUUUGUUGGAGGCUUUGGAGGUGCCACAGAUGGUUUCCUCCAUGGCUUCUGCCGCAAGACGGAGUCUGCGCAUCGAUGUGGAGGGGAACGAUGUCAAAAUUGCCUCCACGACAUCAGUCUGGAGCCGGCAAAUCGAGGAAACCACGACGAGAUUUCAAGUCGGACAAACCUUCUCCGGCCAGCAGACACUGGGAGGUGACUUCUCCGGUCAGGCUUUUUGGAUAGAGGACGCCGAGGCUGCCAAAGGCGCUCAGUCACAGCAAAUUCUGCAGCUGGUGAAAAACUUUGCAGCUGAAGGCUUCCAACUUGAAGAGACUUUCAAGAUCAAGUCGGACGGUCGUCUUGCGCUAACAACAGCACUCAGUAGUGCUCAAAGGCAGUUUGGGACGCGCAGGGUGGAGGUGCACAAGCCAGAGGAACUCGGAAUGCUUUGCAAAGCAUUGGAUCCCAAGGACAUGAUGCUGACUCAGCAGCUCUCUCUUCCAGGGAACAUCAAAGCUCUUCCUAAUGGCAGCCGGGUCGCUGGAAUUGGGCCGGCGGAUGCGAAGGAAGAAGACGAGGCAACUCAGCCUCGAAGCUUUCAAGAGCUCGAGAAACUACAGCUGCCGGCCUCCAUCUUUCUACGCCUUGAAACCAUAAGGAGCACGACACAAUUCCGUCGUGAAGGCGCAUCGGAAGGAUUCGGCGCGGUUCCUGCUGAGUUGCUGUCCUCUCUACCACCUGAAGUGCAGCAGGCCCUGGCAGAUCGGCAGGCUGCAUCGCCAGUUUCAGCCGUUUCCGGUACCUCUUCGGCCUCUGCGCCCUUGCUGUCGCCCGGUCACAAGGUGCCACAAGCAAAGAGAGGCUGGCUGAUGAGCUGCGGUGUGGGCUUGGGCAAGUUGUGCCUCGGGUCAUGCGGCCUUGCGGGCAAGGUGCUGCAGUUAGGUGGACGAGCAACGGGCUCCGCGUGCCAUGCUCUUUGUUCGGACUCCAUCUCGCACAGACUACGAAGGUCAGCGGCGGAUCGUUUAGAGUAUGUCAUCAAGGUGGACAGGACCCAGGAUGCCGGGCUUGGCAUUGAAGUCAACAAGACUGCCGAGGGCAGGCUCAAGGUCCUUCUGGUACAGCCUGGACUGGUCCAAGACUGGAACGAUGCGCAUCCCUCGCUGCAGGUUCUGCCGGGGGACAUCCUGCUCACAGUCAAUGGCCAAAAGGGAGAUGCCAAGCAGCUGAUGGACUUCUGCCGCCAGCAGCAGCCCUUGGACCUUCGGUUUUGUCGGGAACAGCCGUCUCCAUCGGUGAAGGACUCAGAGCCAAAGCCGCUGAAAAGCGAGCCUUCGCUGGCAGGCGGGCUGCAGAAUGAGCCACAGGCGCCGCUUUUGCCUCAGCUCGAGGAGGCCAUUCCCGAGAAGCCGACUGAGAGCGUUGGCCAGGCUCCGACGAAGCCCCAGUCGAAGUCUGUACGCUUUGAGAACGGCACAGGAGCUCUGGACAAAGCUUCCGGGGCGCAGCAUGGGCCGUUGGGACAAAAAUCCUCGAAACGAGGUGUCCAGGGAGGAAGCUCGAGCAGUUCGAGCAGUGCGAGAGAGCCGAGAAAACAAGCGGAUGCUUCUCCUUUGGCGGCUCCUCACACCCAGGGCCAGGAUCCAGUAGUGGGGGCGAAGUUCACAGACCCACGCGGGAGGUUGGGCAAUGGUUUAGGCAUUGUUGCCUUCUCACGCUUUGGCACGGACAGCCAUGCUGAGAAGCUAUGCCGGUCGCAGAUCUUUGCAAACAGCUUCGACCACGGAGCAGGCAGGCUUGUCGUCUCUGCUCCAUGCAGCAGAGCAACACAAAAGUUUCGCAAUGCCGAAGCUGCAUACCAGGCCACCUGGAACUGGCCCCUGGCUAGCAUGUUCCAGGAGCUAAAUGCCAUGGCCGCCGUAAAGAAAGUGCAGCGUUUUGGCAGCCAUCGGGACAAGUCACGUGCAGGCUUUACGAACAGCUGGGCGGCCAUGGGCGCUGUGCUUGAAGCGAAGUUUGCCCCAGAGUCACACUUCGCAGCAGCGCUUCUGCACACUGAUGAAGCAUUCCUCCUGGACACAGGCUCAGAGAAUCCAUCGGACAUUGCAGAGAAGGAUCUUCUUGAGAACUGGUUGGGCAUGAUGCUCAUGAUCGUGCGAGACAAGCUGUCCGGAAAGAGCAGCUGGACCAGCUACUUCGAAGGAAUGGUUGUUGUGCCAGAGCUGAGGACAGUUCAGGACAUCCAACAGACGGAGCCAAAGCCGCUGCGUGGACACAGAAAGCAUUUGGUCCUGGGGCCGGUGAGUGUCACACGCCAGUUCAAACACUCCUACAACCUCUACAACGACGCUCGGACUGGUGGACUCGAGACCGACCAGCUCUUGGCUAUGUUGGGCUACCUGGGCUACGAAAUGAGCGCAGAGGUCGUGGCCAAAAUGCUGGAGGAAGUGGACAUAGACGGGAGUGGCACGUUGUCAUUCUCGGAGUUUUUGAUCUUCAUGCGGAAGAUCCGAGAGGCGGAGCUUGAGCGGCUAGAGGAUGAACUGGAGAGACUGUCAAACUUGCCAUCUGGAGACAAAGAGGACGUGUUGACUGGUUUGCUUCGCAUCAUGGGCUACAUGCCGGACAAGGAGGCUGUCCGCGAUGCCGCAGUUGACAGCAACAUCAGCCUGGCCAAGCCGACGGUUCGACGAGCAAGCCUUGCCCAGCUGUUGCCUAACUCUGGGAAACAGCCGGCUGGCUCGGUGUCUGCCACCCCGACUUACAAGGCCACGGUGACCCUCUCGGAAGCAUAUCGCUUCCUGGAGGUGUACCGAUGCCGUGAAGGCUUUACACGAGCAGAGGCCAAUGAACUGCAGGAGUACUAUAACCGUUUUGCACAGACAGCUGGUCCUGCAGAUGCGAUGCGUAUCAGUUCCUACGAUGCUUCCAGGGCAUUGACUUGGCUUGGCUACCGCGCAACACAUGAGGAGCACCAGCUGACUUUCUCCAAGGUAGAUGUCGGCAACGCGGGCAGCAUCAGCCUUGCUGAGUUCAUGAAGUUGGUGCGGAUUUAUCGUUCCGUGGAGUUGGAAGAGAUCCGUGCCUCAUUCCUCAGGAUCGGUCUUGCCGGCAAAGAGUCGGGCGAGGAGGGUCGCAGGGCGGCACGACACAGUCUGGCCUUCCUCGGCAUGGGACACAGUAGCACCGAGAAGGCCUCGAAAUCUCGGGACGUGGACGAUGCAAAGUACGGGGUGUUACGCAAUGCCGUGGCGAAGCGCUGUCAGAUGCGGGCAAUCGCACAGAUGCACCACGGCUUCGGCGCUGACGAGGUUGAAACUAUGCAGUCCAGGUUCUCCCAAUACGACUCCGACGGCAGCGGUGCCAUUUCUGCGGCCGAGCUCCGUCUUCUUUGCCAGGAGAUGUUGCCCAAGAUCGCCACCGACCCCAAGUCUCGGCCGGAACUCAUCCGGCUGAUCAAGGAGAUGGACUCUUCUGGAGAUGGAAAUCUCAACUUCAACGAGUUUCUGAAGUUGAUGCGUGACUUGGAAGACAGCCAAAGCAAAGCAAAGUACACAAAGGAAGAGCACGUUGUGGAUCAGCUGCCCUUCACCAGUCACCAGAUUCGGGACUUCCGUGAGAUCUUCAUCGAACACGAUGAGGACCGUGAAGACUUGAUUUCCUUUAAGGCGGUGCAGACACUCUUGUCUGUACUGAUACCAAUGGGAGAUCGCCGAGUUCUUCAGCUCUCCGAGAUUUGGCAGAGGAAUGUCCACGUGCCCAUGGCGCCAGAAGACCUCCAGUCCUGGACCCUGGACUUCCCGGACUUCCUCUUGCUGAUGCACGAACUGUUGGAAACGGAUUUCUGCGGCAUCAAGGCCAAAAGUGCCGCUGCUGUGAGUGAGAUGGAGAGGCUGAAGAAAAGAUACAAAGAGCCUUCGUCACCGAGGUCCGUCAAACCGUCCUGGACUCUCCCAGCUACGACGGACUCUCUCGUGCCGGAUGAAGAUGCCCUUUUGACAGGUGGUGGACUCAAGAGCGGGCCACGAGCGCCGGUGCCAUCCCAUGCUGCAGGCUCGUGCAGUUCUGCCAGCGGCACAGAAGCAAGGAAUCCGGCAAGAGGGCAGCACAUCAAUUACGUUGCACCUCCACCAGUGCUAAAGCUGAGCAGUGGCGAGAUGGACUGGAAGGAGGCUUUCCGCCAGCUGCUGGCUGAAAGAGUACCAGAGGCUUCGGAGAUUUUCGAGUUCUUUCAGCGGUUCGACGAUUACAACAAAGCGCUGGGGGCACGCAACAACUUCGACAGGAACACAUCCGGCAUUUGCAACAUGUUUUGGGAGAACUUCCAGCAUCAGGCGAUACCAGCGCCUUCCCCGCUAUUUUUCCUUCACUUCCUAAUCAAGAUCAUGGAGUACAUGCUAGCAGGCUAUUUGCAGGGUGUGGCCCAGACGGCGGCCAGACGAGCGGUGGCCAUGGCAUGGUCCCUGUUGGGUUCGACGCAAGAAGAUAUCCGGGAAGUGGUGUCAAAUCAGCCGGUCGAGCUCAUGCGCUUUCGAGGACAUGAUGUGGCACGCCUUUUCACUGGACCUAUGGAAAUUGUCCGUGCAGCAGAGGUCAUGAUUGCCGUGCGGGCAUUGGAACAGAUGGCUGAUCAUUCCGGUCUCUUCGACGCGGGCUUUGAACAGAUUCGGGCUAUCGGCAUGUUUCAGGAUAGAAAGAUGUGUGCAUUGACCCCUAUUUGGGGUGGAGCACAAGCAAGCCUUCAGUUCAUUUUGCAAGCGGUGGAUCUCAAGGAGCAGGACGGGCUGCGAUACAGAUCAGCGGACUUUCUCACAGAGCCUGCUGUAAAGAAAGCGAACAAGAAAGCAGCGUUGGCAGCUGCUCGACCGGAGAAUCGCAAGCAGGCAGUAGCGGCAUUAGCGGACUUGGACAGAGAUGUGCAUGGCCUGGCCAUUGAGCCAUUGAGCGCGACGAACAUUCGUGCCUUCGGUGCUUUCCUGAAAGCUGGUUCGUUUACUUUAGUGCCAUUGUGCGUCAUCAGAUUCGGCAUCUUGGAACUGCCUCCAGCCGCGAGAUCAUGCGGUGCAUGCAGGAUCGUUAUCAUGUUCCGGUCCUGGCUCGGGUGUUGCAAUCCGAGCCGGGCGAAGCAGGUUGCAAACCCAGUUCACAUGGCGGAUGCGAUGUUAGUUACGCUCACCUUGGCGGUGCAGAAGACAGACACCAAAGGCCUGACAUGUUCCAGGCCCAUCGGCGCUUUCGUCGAGGGCACCACUGUUUCCAGGAUCAGUGGGAUGCAGUGGUUGCACAGCCUCGGCGUUCCUUUUCAGAUGCUGCAAGUGCUGGGGCGCUGGGCGAGCCUGACGAUUAUGAAGUACCUGAAAUCGGCCGCACUUGAGGCGGUGCCGGAGGUUGCAGCAGCCGGGUUGGCCCAAGGCCGGGUGGCUUUACGCCAGGUUGAUGGUUGGGACUUUGCCCAGCCAUCGGCGGCAGCAUUGGAAGUGUGGCAGCCUGUCGUUGAGUUGACGGACUCCGAUGUGGAUCGCGAGCCGAGGCAACCUAGGGUUUGGAAGCGGCGGAGCACCAAGGAGCCGAGGACAUCAGCGGCUGAGGAAGACUCCGCUGGCAUUGGUCAUGUUGAGGUCCGCGGGGGGUCGGAUUCCCAGGGUCAUGAUUUCGCGAGUCGAGCGCAUGUUGUAGACCUCCAGAGGGAGAUUGUCUUGAUCCAAGAGGACAUCGAGCACUACAACAUCGACAUCGACUGCAUGAUGACAUCCAGGCAGCCCAGGCAGAUCGAGUGGUCGUUUGAGCGUGAGCGUUCGACCCAGUGCGAGAUGGCGAGCACCCUGUGGGCGGUGCUCGACCACAUAGCAAGAGGCCCGACCAGGAGGGACCAGGCGGCUUACAUUGGCUUCAUCGGGGUGGUGGCCAUGACCAAGGUCACAGUGAACGGAGUGAACAUGGCAAGGGCAAGGGCAAGGGCAAGGGCAAGCAUAAACAUGGUAAAGGCAAAGAUCGCCCCACAACAUGGCAGCCGUGGCGGACAGGAGGCACUCAGAAGCAGUGGCAGCGCGAGUCAUGGUCACGACAGCAGCGGCGUGACGAUGAUCGCCGAUCGGAUGAGUAGGGACAGCUCGGGGCCUCAUCAUCGAAUGAGGUGUACCCGGCACGGCUGUCAGGACAGAGGUGCUAUAACCAGGACGAUCGAGGGAUGCGACUCCUACCACUUCGUGGCGAUUCAGCUCUACCUGUGCCUGGUUUGGCGGAUUGCCCGGACAUGA